AUGAAAGUGAUGGCGGACCAGCAGGCAUCUGUGCUGCGAGACAUGAAGACGGUCCAAGAGAAGCAAGCUGAUGCGCUCGCGGCAAUGGCCGGUUCGCGAAAGGCAGCGCCGAGCACGUCUCGUCCAGGUCGACGCACCAAUGCGGAAGAUGAGAUGGACAUCGACGACGGCGAGUUGGCUGACGACGAGGAAGCGGCGAUCCCGAUACCGUCGAGGAAGGGCAAGAAGCCGAAGCUACAGGGUCCUCCUGUUGAGCAAGAUCCGCAGCGAAAGAAGUUUCUGGUACGCUCCAAUUAUGAGGGCGUGUAUGGGAUCUGA